AUGCCUUCUUCCCCAGGAGAAGGACAGGAGGAGCGGCAGCAGGCCAUCUCCGGAGAGGAGUGGGAGGACGCCUCCCCCACCCAAAAGAUCAAGUGGCUCCUCGGUCCUGAGGGGUCCAAAUGGGGAUGGGUGGUUUACCGAACCUGCUACAAGCCCGAGCUAGACGCCCCGUGGGAGAUGCUGCAGCGGAUCAUCGUUGCGAAUUGCAAGGACGAGGUUGGCGAUGACCCGGAGGUGCUUGACAAGAUGGAUUGGCGGUUUGUUUCCGACCCCACGACCCUCGACGGUGCGGAUCGAGAUCAACUGAGGGAGAAGUUCAAAACCUUCGUAGAGGGAGAAGACCCAGGGGUGGUGGUGGCAAAAGACGGCGGGUUGGGUACGAAAGGGUCGAGGUAUGAGGUCUUUUUGGAGGCUGAUGAACAGGCGCUGUUGAGUUGCUUGGGGAUGGAUUCAGGUAAGGGGGGUGAUUAUGGAGCGUAUGUGAACGUUGUGAGAGGGUGGGUGGACAGUGGCAUGAUGCCUCCGGAGGAUGCUAGCGCAGAGGAGAGAGAAGAGUGGGAUUUGGACGAUUGGAUGAGGAUCAGUGUGGGUAUGGUUGGGCCGGCGAGUUGGGUGGAGAUGGACAAUCCCGAAAAUUGGUAUAUAUAUUGGGCGAAGCCAGAGUGUGGGAGGGUGUGGGCAUCUUGA